AUGCCUUUAGGAAAGGACCAGAUCAUUGUUGAGGGAAUGAAAGAAUUAGCAAAUGCCACCGGUCUAACUGCUAUGCAAGUCGGAAACUGGUUCAAAAAUCGUCGCCAAAGGGAUCGUGCCGCUGCCGCAAAGAACAAGUUAAACUCUUACUAA